AGGCUUCAGUUCGCGUCCCGCGGCUCGGGCGCGGCAUGGGGCGGGUGCAGCUCUUCGAGAUCGUCCUGAUGCAUGGCCGCACGGUGUACAGCCCCGGGGAGCCGCUGGCGGGAGCCGUGCGCGUGCGCCUAGGGGCGCCGCUGCCCUUCCGAGCCAUCCGAGUGACCUGCACGAGUUCCUGCAGGGUGUCCAGUAAGCCCCAUGACACGGCCUGGGUGGCAGAAGAGGGCUACGUGAGCAGCUCGUUGGCGCUGGCUGACAAGGGGAGCCUGCCUGCCGGAGAGCACAGCUUCCCCUUCCAGUUCCUUCUCCCUGCCACAGUGCCCACGUCCUUCGAGGGCCCUUUUGGGAAGAUCAUCCACCAGGUGCGUGCCACCAUCGAUACACCCCGUUUCUCCAAGGACCACCAGUGCAGCCUCGUGUUCUAUGUACUCAGUCCCCUGAACCUCAAUAGCAUCCCUGACAUUGAGCAACCCAAUGUGGCCUCCACCAGCAAGAAGUUCUCCUACAAGCUGGUGAGGACGGGCAGCGUGGGCCUCACUGCCAGCACCGACCUCCGUGGCUACGUGGUUGGGCAGGUGCUGCGGCUGCAGGCAGAUAUUGAAAACCAGUCAGGCAAGGACACCAGCCCCGUGGUGGCCAGCCUGCUGCAGAAAGUAUCCUAUAAGGCCAAGCGCUGGAUCUAUGACGUGCGGACUAUCGCAGAGGUGGAGGGCAUGGGGGUGAAGGCCUGGGGCCGGGCGCAGUGGCAGGAGCAGAUCCUGGUGCCCGCCCUGCCCCAGUCAGGCCUGCCGGGCUGCAGCCUCAUCCACGUGGACUACUACCUACAGGUCUCGCUGAAGGUGCCGGAAGCCUCGGUGACCCUCCCUGUCUUCAUCGGUAACAUCGCGGUGAACCACGCCCCGCUGAGUCCCCAACCUGGCCUGGCGCCGUUUCCUGGCGCCCCUGUGCUGCCCUCAGCGCCACCCCACGAGGAGGCUGAGGUGGGAGCCUCCGGGGCCCAGUGCCCGGGCCCUGUCUCCCUCUCCACUAAGAGCCACUCCCAGCAGCAGCACCCGGUGGUGGCCUUCUGCUCUGUGCCUGGUGCCCCUGAGCCUCAUCCUCAGGUUGGCAGCCCUGCCCCGCCCCCGCUGCCCCCUCCUCUGUGCAUCUCCACAGGUGCCACUGUGCCCUACUUUGCAGAGGGUUCUGGGGGGCCUGUUCUCACCGCCAGUACCUUGAUCCUCCCUCCCGAGUACAGCUCAUGGGGCUGCCCCUAUGAGGCCCCGCCUUCUUAUGAGCAGAGCUGUGGCCAAACCAGCCCGACCCCCCGAAGCUGACCCCAGCUGCCUUCUGUGCGGGCUGACCUCUGCCCUGGGACCUUGGCUCCCUGGGCCUUGUGCCUUGGCUCUAGUCCAGCCCAGCCCAUUCAGGACCCUCACAAGUCCAGUGUGCCUUGUC